GAAAAGAAAAGAAAAAACAUCCUUAUUUUUAUCGUUUUAGAUCAUCUGCAGAAGCCCACGGAAAACUUCUCCCUCUGCGUCUUUCUGAAACCCUAACUUUCACAGCUCUUUCAAUUCUUUUCUUUCCCGAGGGUUUAUCGUCCAUUAUCUCAGUGUUCUCCUAUUAGUUGGGCAAUAUGUCGUCGGUUUCUAGUCAGCCACAGUUCCGUUAUACCCAACCACCGUCGAAGGUUCUCCACUUGAGGAAUUUGCCUUGGGAAUGCACGGAGGAGGAACUUAUUGAACUGGGGAAGCCAUUUGGAAAAGUUGUGAACACAAAAUGUAAUGUCGGGGCAAACAGAAAUCAAGCUUUUAUUGAGUUUGUAGACAUAAAUCAAGCAAUUGCAAUGAUAUCAUAUUACGCAUCGUCCUCAGAGCCUGCUCAAGUUAGAGGAAAAACUGUUUAUCUGCAGUAUUCUAACCGGCAAGAAAUUGUGAACAACAAAACUACAGCUGAUGUUCCUGGAAACGUACUUUUGGUAACAAUUGAGGGCACUGAUGCACGCCUUGUCAGCAUUGAUGUUCUGCACUUGGUCUUUUCAGCCUUCGGGUUUGUGCACAAAAUUACUACCUUUGAGAAAACAGCUGGAUUUCAGGCAUUGGUGCAAUUUUCGGAUGCAGAGACUGCCUCAUCAGCUAAGAAUGCCUUGGAUGGGAGAAGCAUCCCUAGAUAUCUGCUUCCUGAUCAUGUUGGACCAUGUUCUCUUAGAAUUACUUACUCUGCCCACACUGAUUUGACUGUGAAAUUUCAGAGCCAUCGAAGCAGGGACUACACUAAUCCUUAUCUUCCCGUUGCUCCAUCAGCCAUAGAUGGAAGUGGUCAGUCACCUUUGCAGUUCACCGUGGGUUUGGAUGGAAAGAAGCUUGAACCAGAGAGUAAUGUUCUUCUUGCCUCCAUUGAGAAUAUGCAAUAUGCAGUCACCUUGGAGGUUUUGCACAUGGUUUUUUCUGCGUUUGGUCCUGUUCAAAAGAUUGCCAUGUUUGACAAGAAUGGGGGAGUGCAGGCCUUGAUUCAAUAUCCAGACGUUCAGACUGCAGUAGUUGCCAAGGAAGCCCUGGAGGGACACUGUAUUUAUGAUGGAGGGUUUUGCAAGCUUCACAUCUCAUAUUCACGCCACACUGAUUUGAGCAUCAAGGUGAAUAAUGACCGAAGUCGGGACUAUACGAUUCCCAAUACUCCCAUGGUGAAUUCUCAACCAGGGCAGCAACCAGUUCAAAUGAUGGGUCCUUCCAGCCAUCAAUACAACGGAAACCAGUAUGGUCCUUCUGCAGAGCAGCCUGGGGUGCAGGCUCAGCCUUCUUCAGGGUGGGGGUCGAGCAGUCCUGCUGCGCCCUACUCCAUGCCCAUGCACAAUCCUGGUUACAUGCCAUCAGGGACAAUGCCGCCUCAGAUGGGCCCAGGUAUGAUGUCAAGCCCCAGUGGUUUACACCAGACACCACCACCGCCCUAUCGCCCCGAUCACAGGCAAUAGCAUAUAUUUUCUUCUGUUUAAUAGUUGAUUGUCCAUUCAAGAAAACCAACUAAGCUUCUCAAAAAUACUAGAGCAUGCAAUUUGUCUGAUGAAUAUGUGCAUUAAAUUGGACGGUUACAUGAACUCACUGUUGGGAACCAAUUAGGUCAGUUUUGUUCAUUUUCCUUUUAUUUUAAGGGAUUUGAAUGAAUGUAAGAUCCUUGAGUUAAAAACCAAUCACUUUCUUUGAAGCCAAGUGACUUGCAAAACUUGGUUAUUAUCAUCAAUUGUCUUCAGAUACUUGAUUACUGUUUUAGUAGUCU